CAGGCUGAGACCUGUCUGCCCGUCGGGGCCGUCGGCGCGGCCGCGCAGCUCUCCUGCUGCGGGCGACGGGGGAGGUGCCCCGGGCCCGCUGGGCUUGGAGAGCGGCGCCGCAUCUCCUGCUGGACCGAUUGUCUCGAGAGCGGGAAAGCCGCCGUUGCGGGCGCUGCCUUCAGGCGGUCACGUAAAGGCGUCGUGGCAGGCACGGAGCGGCGGCGGGCUGGGUGGAAAUACUGAGACUAGCCUGGUUUGUGAGCCACAUUCCCAAAUUAAUAUGCGAGGCUUGCUGGAGCUGGGGAUACACGCCGCAUGCCCAGAGGAGUGCUUGAAGGAACGAGGUUUGAUCUCCCUCUUGUGGAGAGUUAUCAGAACUAAAUUCUUGUGAUACUAAAGAAGAAAAGUCCAGCAUCGGUGAACAAAUGAUGGCUGCAGUUACCAUGUCACCUGAUGCUCUUGUCAACCUUCAAGGGAAUGAAGAGAUGGACUCUCUGAUCGUACUGCAUUACAAUUACACGGGAAAACUUAUGCUAAGGGAAAAGGCAACUGAUAAUGUAGAUCUGCCCACUGUUGCAUUUCUGAUCCUAUGUAGCUUCAUAGUCUUGGAAAACUUGAUGGUGUUGAUUGCCAUAUGGAAAAACAAUAAAUUUCACAACCGCAUGUACUUUUUUAUUGGCAAUCUAGCUCUCUGUGAUCUUUUAGCCGGGGUUGUUUACAAAGUCAACAUUCUUAUGUCUGGGAAGAAAACUCUGAGCUUGUCUUCCACAAUCUGGUUCAUUAGGGAAGGCAGCAUGUUUGUUGCUCUGGGAGCCUCCACUUUCAGCUUGCUGGCAAUAGCUAUAGAGCGACAUUUGACCAUGAUUAAAAUGAGGCCUUAUGAUGCAAAUAAAAAAUACAGGGUGUUCCUUCUCAUUGGUACAUGCUGGCUUAUUUCAGUUUCCUUGGGUGCCUUACCCAUCCUUGGAUGGAACUGUAUAAACAACUUACCAGACUGCUCAACCAUUUUGCCUCUGUACUCCAAGAAGUAUGUCGUGUUCUGCAUUAGUAUCUUCAUAGCCAUUUUGGUUGCCAUUGUCAUCCUCUAUGCCCGUAUCUACAUCCUGGUGAAGUCCAGCAGUCGUAAUGUCACUAACCACAAUAACUCCGAGCGCUCCAUGGCACUCCUUAGGACUGUCGUGAUUGUUGUUAGUGUCUUCAUUGCGUGUUGGUCUCCGCUGUUCAUCCUCUUCCUCAUCGAUGUGGCUUGCAGAGUGAAGGAGUGCUCUGUCUUAUACAAAGCAAACUGGUUUAUUGCUCUGGCAGUCAUCAAUUCUGCAAUGAACCCCAUCAUCUACACUCUAGCCAGUAAAGAAAUGCGCCGGGCUUUCUUUCGCCUUGUUUGUGGCUGCUUAGUGAAGUCAAAGGUUGCGAGAUCUUUGCCUAUUCAGCCCACACCAGAUCACAGUCGUAAAUCCAGCAGCAGCAAUACUCAGAAGCCAAAGGAAGAUUCCUCACCAAAGAAUGUUCCAUCUUGUAUUGCUGAGAAAAACGAAUCUUCAUUUCAUAAUGGAAACUCCUGUAAGUAAAGAACUCCUCAAGACAAUUAACCUGUCUGUGGCUUUUACUACUUUUAAACUACAAGUGUAGUUUAAGUAUUCAUGCACUUAAGUCACAGGGAAAUACACUAACCACUUACUUUGAGGACUUAUUUAUCAACAAUCAUUUGCUUUGUGUGUUCAUUCAGUAACACACCUGAUGCAGAAAAAACUUUCCAUGCUACGCAACAGCCAGGACAGAGUCUAUGCACAUGUAAUGACAUUGUGCACCAUAAUGACAUUGCACAGUGAGGUUGCACCUGGCACGACCUUGUUUUGCAAGACAUCAAUCAGAUGUGUUAGAAACUUCAGCAUUCACUAAACAUUGAUCAUGAUCAGAAAUGAGCCUGAUUAUUGAUGCCUUCAAAGAAAAGCUCGUUACAUGUGUUGGUGAUUAUAGUUCUCCCUGUGUGUCUUCCUGUUAUGUUAAUGGCCUUAUAUGUGGCCUAAAUAGCUGUAUAUUUGUAAAAUUCCUUAUCAAAAGGUUGUUGUUUGAUAAAAGUUUACAAUAUAUAUACUAAACGUUGUGUUGCAUUAUACAGUGUAAGGUGACGAAUUACACAGACGUGUUUCAGUGGGGAUAUUUGAAAAUAUAUGAAGUAGUAGUUUUUAACUGACAGAAACUUUAAUAUGGCAUAUCAUGGCAGUAUUUUUAUUUUUUGUUUUGACUGUUAUUCAGACUUUCCAUGUUUAGUGAAAGACAGGGUGAUGGUUGUCACUGUGGCGUUUCACAACUCAUUUUAAACAAGCAGUAGUAAAUAACCAUUAAGAGAGGCUAGAUAUGUUGGCUAUUUAAAGUAGUUAAAGUGUGACCCAACAAUACACAUGUAUCAAGUGUAUGUACUGUUUUAAUGCAUAUAUUUUUACUUACUAUUUCCAUUGUAUUUAAAAAUGUAUGUCAAACCUAUGUAAACCUGUGUACAUUGUGAAUGCACUACCUAAGCUCAUAUUCUUCAGUUCUGAAACAGAGACUUAGCAUUUCAGAAAGUAAUGAACCACAAAGGGUCCCUGUGAAGUUCUUUCAUUUCACUCCAGUCACUGUCACAGAAUUGGAUUGUAUUAGAACUCUCACUGGGAAGAACAGCCAGUGGGACAAAAUCUCAUUUUCUGGCAAUGAAACCCUGUGCUUCUACUGUCUCCAGGCAGUUCUGCAGAUAUGAGGCGGAAGAUGUGGUACAGCGAGAUUGUGCCAAAGGGCAUACCUCCAUUUAUACCUUAUCCUCCCUUGAAAGCCUCUUUAGUUGGAAGACCUGAAGCCCCAGACUUAACUUCUUGAGAGGCUAUGUAUGAAAACCGCUUCAUGGUUCAUCAGUUCCUUAUCAGCCUCGGUACAGAACGGUGUUCAGCAUCAAAGAGAUUCCCUGUGACUUAGAGCAGUUAAGCCUUUAUAAAUACCUUUUUUUCAAGUCCCUGUGGGAGGCACCCAUGGUAUUUCCAUCGAUAGUACUUUGCAGAUAGAGGUUUCAGUGGAGAUCAAUGGGCUCCUACUGUCUUUCAGUAAGAAUGUAAGCAUAUAACUUUAUUGAGCUCUUCCAAAGGUUUGUGUAUAAUGUCUCUAACCACACCUUGCCUUAUGCACAAUCAGAAGUAGUUGAGGCUUUUAAUACACAUCCUGGAAAAGCUCAUCCUUAUCUUUACUCUGGUCUUAAUAAUCAAAAGGAACAGCAUUAGACUUUUCCCGAGCAUAUGUAGUGUGUAAGUUGUGUAAUGUGUGUAGAAGAAGCCUUUAAAAUGUAGAGGUUUGCAUUGUGAUUAUCUUUUACAAAAUUAACAGUAAACAUUAUACACUGUUGGAAAAGUGUAAGAGCAAAGAAAAAAAAUGUAUUUGUAUGAAAUAACUGUGAAAGAGAAUAGUAAAUAAGAAAUAAAUUCUACAAAAAAACUGUUAAAAAGCAGUGCACUUAAUAAGAAAAAGCUAAACUAAGCUAAGAAUAAUUACCUGUGUGAACUGCAGAUACAGGCUGGGUAGCUCUGUAGCUAUGGCAGUUUGAGAGAAAUAGAAAUGGUGACAUUGCAUGCAAUGUCUUGCUUCAUAUAUUAGAUCUGACAGUGCUAUUGGCUGUAUUUUAAGUGUGGAAAUUCUCCUCUGAAGUUGUGUCUUUGAAAACUGACAGCUGAACUGUUUGUAUACUUAAAAAUGUUAGAUCACAAGGUGGUAGCAUGUGGCAGCAUUCCUCCCUGUUGUAGAGCAGAAGAGACUUAGCAACACAGUGGUUUGCAAAAACAUGGCUUCCCCCACACCAAAUGUCAUGUCAAGGAUACUGCAUGAUUCUCACUAUUUAUAUAGUGGGGAAAAAUAAAAUAUCUGAAGUCCCAGUAUAUGCACUUGAAAGUCAAUUUGUAACAUCUGGAUUGUAGCCUUAGCUAUUGUCAGAGCUGAUGCUAGGUACAGGCCCUGCAAGCAGCUCCCCUGUUGGAGGCCACAUGAUUUCUUGUUGGUACUUUCAUUCUACUUAGACCUUCUUCUCCAUUUUUGGAGCUUUGGGGAUAUUUUGUUAGUUCACUACCCUGCUGUACUUGAAGCAGCUCCUAAGAUUAAUGGAUUGACAUGUUACACUGAUAACACCGUUUACAAAGUAUUUCUAACUUGGUAAAAAACCCAACUUGUGGAUACAGCCUUCAGUGGGUAGAUCCCAGUGGGACAUGUUAAAGCACAGAUUCUGGAAGAUUUCAGAGCAGAAUUUUAAAGUAGGACAAGGCAAGCGUUUAGUAGCACUGGAUUAUUCACAAGCAGGAAAGUAUCCUAUCUUUGAGGCUAGAAAAGGAGAAUAGGUGCUUUUACUCUUAAAAUAUUGCAAAAUUAUUUAAAAUACAUCUCAGGAUCCAAACUUUUUAUGACCUGAUUUUGAAUAUACAAGAAAUUGAAUCAAGUGUCUCUUUUCCAAAUUGGUUUUACAUGGAGCAAAAGCUGCAAAGGAUACUAACAUUAAAUUGAUGCUAUUUUCUCAAUUAUUUAUUUUGAUUCUGGAUUAUGAAAGAAAUGAAACCACCAGAGGAGAAAAAAAAGUGCUCACCAAUGUGCUUUUCAGGAGUGUUCUAUUGCCAACAGCCCUACGGAAUAUUGUCAACUGAUUAGGUACCAUAAAGGUUUUGAAGACUUUUAAUUAAAUUCCAGACCUUUGAACUGAA